AUGUCGGAACCAACUAUCUGUACGACUCUGCAUUUAUCUAUAUUUCAAAAAAAUUCUGACGAGCAAAGAAUGGGUGCCCUCAUGGGUGGCGGAGUCGGCCUCACGAUUGGCUUUCUUUUUGGAUCCUGGAGCAUUCUUCAACACGGCGCCGGUCCUAGAGGCGUACUUUCAACGCUUUCCCGGACGAUGCUCACGAGCGCCGCAAGUUUCUCCUUCUUCCUUGCAAUUGGCUCCGUUAUUCGAAGCGAAGGUUUCGAAGGUUUGGAGGACAGCCAGCGGCGAAUGCUGGUUCCCGUCCCUGCAAUUGGUUCAAGAGCAGAAGGUCUGCAGCUAAUGCGUGCCAGAUGGGAGGCAGAGCGCCGAAAACAAUCGUAG